AAUCACAGUUGCAGUACCACCGGCUUCUCCAAGGAACCGCCUCUCCGGCUUCUGCGCACGCGCGCCUCCUGCUCGCCCUCACCUUUCUUACCACCCUCUACGUAGCCCGCCGAACGAGCCGCAAAAGGAGAGGCUAUUGGUGGAGAGCGCAGCCAAUGGGCGAGCCCGUUACUAGCCUACGCAGUGAGCGGCGGCGGAGCGGCACUGCAGGCCUGGAAGCGCUGCGCGGCCUCCGGGGUCGGCACCAUGAGCUCUAUUGGGACCGGGCUAUUGGGAUCAGAUGUAAAGAUGGUGUUGUGUUUGGGGUAGAAAAAUUAGUCCUUUCGAAACUUUAUGAAGAAGGCUCCAACAAACGGCUUUUUAAUGUUGAUCGACAUGUUGGAAUGGCAGUUGCAGGUCUGCUGGCAGAUGCUCGUUCCUUAGCAGACAUAGCAAGAGAAGAAGCAUCCAACUUUAGAUCUAAUUUUGGCUAUAACAUUCCUCUAAAACAUCUUGCAGACAGAGUGGCCAUGUAUGUACACGCUUAUACACUCUACAGUGCUGUUAGACCUUUUGGCUGCAGUUUCAUGUUAGGGUCUUACAGUGCGAAUGAUGGUGCACAGCUUUAUAUGAUUGAUCCGUCGGGGGUUUCAUAUGGCUAUUGGGGCUGUGCCAUUGGCAAAGCCAGGCAAGCUGCAAAGACAGAAAUAGAAAAGCUUCAGAUGAAAGAAAUGACUUGCCGUGAUGUAGUUAAAGAAGUUGCAAAAAUAAUUUAUAUAGUACACGAUGAAGUUAAGGAUAAAGCUUUUGAACUGGAGCUCAGCUGGGUUGGUGAAUUAACUAAAGGAAGACAUGAAAUUGUUCCAAAAGAUAUAAGGGAGGAAGCAGAGAAAUAUGCCAAGGAAUCUUUGAAGGAAGAAGAUGAAUCAGAUGAUGAUAAUAUGUAAUAUUUUCUUCAUCAUCUCUUCUGUAUUACAUUUCUGUGACAGUUUCAUAUUACUAGCACCAUGGAUCACAUACCAGUUUUCAUUAAAUUUUUGUCUUAUAAACA